GUGGUUGCCCCCUUCCUCUCCUGAGAUGUCAGGAAGGAGGGGGCCGCCUGCGUCCCCCACAGGGGCCCCCUGGAGCCUGGGGGCCCCCAGCCCGGGAGCUCGGAGGCGGAGGAGGUGCUGACAGGUGCUCAGCGAGAUGCUGCCCCACCCUUCAUGGUCCCUCCCCAUCCUCCUCCUUUGCCUCCUCCCCAGUGUCCCAGUGGAACCCCACCCCCCACCCUCUCCACUGCCCCCAUUUCCAGCCCCUGAGUGGGACCUGCUGUCCCCACGAGUGGUGCUCUCCAGGGGUGCCCCCGCAGGCCCCCCUCUGCUCUUCCUCCUGGAGACUGGGGCCUUUGGGGAGCCACCGGGCAGCCCGGCUAACCGCAGCCGGCGAGGAGUGAGCGAGACAGCACCAGCAAGUCGCCGGGGAGAGCUGGCUGUGUGCGAUGCAGUGAGCAGCUGGGUGACGGACCGGCGGACAGCUGUGGACUUGCGUGGGCGUGAGGUGGAGGUUCUGGGCGAGGUGCCUGCAGCUGGCGGCAGUCCUCUUCGCCAGUACUUCUUUGAGACCCGCUGCAAGGCUGACAACACUGGGGAAGAUGGCCCUGGUGCAGGCGGAGGGGGCUGCCGGGGCGUGGACCGGAGACACUGGGUGUCCGAGUGUAAGGCCAAACAGUCCUACGUGCGGGCAUUGACCACUGACGCUCAGGGCCGUGUGGGCUGGCGAUGGAUUCGAAUCGACACUGCCUGCGUCUGCACACUCCUCAGCCGGACCGGCCGGGCCUGAGGCCUCUGCGCAGGAACUGGGCAAGCAGAGGAAGACGAGAGCUGGAUGCUGAGGGACCUCAGGGGCUGCUCUGGGCCUCAUGGUGGGAACUUGUUAAGUCGUCACAAAGUCAGCUCAAUCUGUACAAGACAGGUGGUAAAACCGGAUGGGGUUUUGAAGGAUGAAUAGGAGUUCUCCUGCGAACUCCAGGGUGGAUGAUGAUGAUAGCCUAUAUUUUCUGAGUGCCUACUGUUUAAGACCUCUAAUACACAACUUGUCAGAUCAA